AUGUCGCACAAAAAAUCCCGCGGCCGGGGCGGGGGAGGCGGUGCCGCCGCCUCCGGCGACGGCCAUGAGGACCUCGCGCGCCCGCCCCCACUCCAGGCGGUCCUCCUCGCGGACAGCUUCACGCUCAAAUUCCGCCCCAUCACCCUCGAGCGCCCCAAGGUGCUGCUGCCGCUGGUGCACAUGCCGAUGAUCGAGUACACGCUCACGUGGCUGGAGUCUGCGGGGGUGGAGGAUGCCUUCGUCUUCUGCUGCGCGCACUCGCACCAGGUCAAGGAGUACUUGGAGAAGGCCGGGUGGGCUGGUAAGUCUGGGCCCGGGAGCAUGGCCGUCACGGCCGUCGAGUCCCACGACGCGAUUAGCGCGGGCGACGCGCUCCGCGUCAUCUACGACCGCGGCGUGAUACACGGAGAUUUCGUUCUCAUCAGUGGUGAUACGGUCAGUAACAUGAGCUUGAAGGAUGCUCUCCAGGAACAUAUGGACCGGAAGAAAAAGGACCCACUUGCUGUUAUGACUAUGGUUAUAAAGCAUUCAAAACCUUCUAUUCUGACACACCAAACUCGUCUGGGUAAUGAUGAAAUUGUUAUGGCGAUAGAUCCUGAGACAAAGGAGUUACUUUAUUACGAGGACAGGGCAGAUAACUCACACUUGUAUAUUACAAUUGAUAAGGAUAUACUGAACAAUAAUCCUACUCUCCAGCUGCAUAAUGACAUGGAGGACUGCUAUAUUGAUAUCUGCUCUCCAGAAGUCCUAAGUCUUUUUACAGAUAACUUUGAUUAUCAGCAUCUUCGGCGUCAUUUCGUGAAGGGCUUACUAGUUGACGAUAUUAUGGGAUACAAAAUCUAUACUCAUGAAUUACGCUCUGGAUAUGCUGCAAGGAUUGAUAAUUUCAGGAGUUAUGAUACCGUGAGCAAAGAUGUAAUUCAAAGGUGGACAUACCCUAUGGUGCCUGAUGUAAUAUCAAGUCGUGAUUGCUCAGAAAGUAGACUUCAUAGGCAGGGAGUAUACAAGGCAUCAGAUGUAACAUUGUCACCUUCCGCACAAAUUGGUGCAAAUUCUGUUGUUGGUAGUGUGACUAGUAUUGGAGACCACUGCAAAGUAUUAAAUUCAGUUAUUGGGGAGGGCUGCAAGAUUGGGAAAAAUGUUUUGAUUAACGGCUCAUUCAUAUGGGACAAUGUCAUAAUCGAAGAUGGAUGCAAAGUUAGUAACUCUUUAGUCUGUGAUGGUGUUCAUUUAAGAGCUGGUGCUAUUGUUGAACCUGGUUGUGUACUGUCAUUUAAGGUUGAAGUUGGAAAGAAUGUUGUUGUGCCUGCCCACUCAAAAGUUUCAUUACUUCCUCAGCCUUCCAAUGAAGAUAGUGAUGAAGAACUUGAGUAUGCUGACACCAACUCAGGAAUUACAGAUAGUCCACCAUUUUCCAGUAUGAGGAGUAAUGGUGAUCAAUCAACUGUUCCUUUGGAAGAAGAUGAGUCGGGAACAUCUGAGACUGGUACCUGUGGUGUUGUCGGUUACAUAUGGACAAGCGUUGAUACUGGGAUCGUGGAAGAAUGGAGACAAUCGAUUGCCCCGAUUCCUAAAGAAAAGCUUGAAGAGCUGCUGCAUGCUGUGUCUGAUGAUGAUGGGUCAGAAGAUGAAUCCAACAAUCCGACUCUACCAGAUAAAGAUGAUUCGUCAGACAGUGUGGUUGAGGAUGAUGAUCAUAUUUCUAAGUUUGAGAAAGAGGUGGAAGAGACGUUCCAGCGAGCUCUGGGUGGCGGCGUUAAUCGUGAUAAUUUGAUACUAGAGAUUAAUGGCCUAAGGUUAGCCUACAGCCUUCAACACGCAGAUUGUGCUGGAGCUGUGUUCUAUUCUGUCAUGAAGAGUGCAUUAGUGGCUGCACAAUCUACUAAUGAUACUCUUCUAAAGACAACUGCUGAUGCACUUGGCAAGUGGAAGGAUCUUUUGCGCAAUUACACCAAGACAGUUGAUGAGGAGAUGGAGAUACUUUUAAAGUUUGAGGAAAUGUGUCAAGAGACCACAAAAGAAUUUUCUCUGCUGUUUCCAAAGAUCUUGCCAUACCUCUAUGAUACAGAGGUAGUAAGUGAAGAUGCAAUUUUGAGAUGGGCGGAAGAGAAAGAACAUGCUGAUGAGUCUGAUAAAGUAUUUGUUAAACAGUCAGAGGGCUUUAUUAAGUGGCUCAAGGAAGCUGAAGAGGAGGAUGACGAAGAGGAGGAAUAA